AUGUUUUUAACCUCGCCUACAAUCUGUAAUGUAAAGAUCUCAAAUAUAUUCGAAUACUUUAAUCCGACACCAACAUCAGUGUUUAUUGAAAACCAAUUAAAAUUAACAAUUCUAGAAAAUUUAAAUUUAAUAGAAUCAUUUUGGGUAUUACCAAUUAUAUAUUUUAUAUGGAAAAUUUUUUUUAAAGAGAUUAAUAUUAAAUCUUCAAAAUCACCAAUCAUUCAUCACAUAGUCUUGGUUAUAAUUUUAAUUACAAUCUUUUGGUUUGUUAUCCAACCUUUGGUUUCAAAUGGUGUUAUUGGUGUAUUUCAUUCAAAAUAUAUAAUUGGUAAUACCCAUAAAAUGAAACCAUUGUUUAAAGCCUGUGUAUAUAGGGUUUUGAUUUAA